UAAGUCUUUCUUUCUGUCAAAUUCUAGUGCUCAUCAUGGCUCGCGGCCCAAAGAAGCACUUGAAGCGUCUGAACGCGCCUAAGGCAUGGAUGCUAGACAAGCUUGGCGGCGUGUAUGCGCCGCGACCGAGCACAGGCCCGCACAAGCUGCGCGAGUGUCUGCCGCUGGUGAUUUUUUUGCGUAACCGGCUCAAGUACGCGCUCACCGGUAACGAGGUGCUCAAAAUCGUGAAGCAGCGCCUAAUCAAGGUGGACGGCAAAGUGCGCACCGACCCCACCUACCCUGCUGGUUUUAUGGAUGUUGUGUCGAUUGAGAAAACAAAUGAGUUGUUUCGGCUGAUCUAUGAUGUAAAGGGACGCUUCACUAUUCAUCGCAUCACACCUGAGGAGGCCAAGUACAAGCUGUGUAAGGUGCGACGCGUGGCCACAGGUCCCAAGAAUGUGCCGUUCUUAGUCACACACGACGGGCGCACGCUGAGAUACCCCGACCCGUUGAUCAAGGUGAAUGAUUCGGUGCAAGUGGACAUUGCAUCAGGCAAGAUCAUGGACUUCAUCAAGUUCGAGUCGGGUAACCUGUGCAUGAUCACGGGCGGGAGAAAUUUAGGGCGCGUGGGCGUUAUCGUCUCGCGCGAACGACAUCCUGGAUCCUUUGACAUCGUCCACGUCAAGGACUCCACCGGACACACCUUCGCUACCAGGCUGAACAACGUGUUCAUCAUCGGCAAGGGCACGAAGGCGUACAUCUCGCUGCCGCGCGGCAAGGGCGUGCGCCUGACCAUCGCCGAGGAGCGCGACAAGCGCAUCGCCGCCAAGGUGGCCGCGCAGUGACCCCAGUAGCGUAAGACUAAGUAAUAAAACAAAAAAACUGCAA